AUGAAACAAUAUCAAAGCAAAAUAAGAAAGGAUCUCUUAUUAUCUACAGGUGAAACUAUACAAAUAUCAGUAGAAAACUUAGGAGAUGAUGAUAUAAUGGAAGAAAAGUUACAAAAUACUUGUGGAAGUAAUGCUGGUGCAGGAAGUGAUUUUUUCCAUAUAUAUAGAAAGCAAAAAGAAGCUGAGAAUGAGAGAAUCCAUAAAAUGGAACUCAAACGGAAGGAGGAAAAAGAACAAAAAGAAUUUGAUGAGCGUAGAAGUGAUAGAAUCUCAGCUUUUCUAAAAUCUACACUAAAAAAGUCGGAAAGUAGAAAAAAAAAGAAAUUAAAAAAGUCUAAACAAAAACGAGUAAUAGCAGUACCCAAAUAA